GGUAACCAUCAUCCCUUACGUUCUGGGGAUUCAUGUUUAAAGGUCACACCCAGCAAUAACAAUGGAAAGAUGGGUUGUGGGUAUUCCCAGGAUAACCAGCAUAGAAGAGAGUGUACUGAGAGAUGAGUGGCAUGCUGGAGAGAAAACGAGAGCAGGCACUAAGGUCACGAGGAGAAGGGUACCAACUCGUCCGCCAGAGGGCAUGCUAAGCACCGAGCUGAGCCUUUGUCUACAAAUUUGUGGGGGUGCUAGCGUGAAGAGUUGGAGGCCAAAGAUGACAUGCAGCCUCUCAUGUGGUGAAGAUUCAACUCUGGGGCUCAUUCGACCCUUGUUCAUGUGUCAGAUCCUCCUCUUACAAUAUCUGGUAGUGGCGCCGAAACCGCGCAGCCAACGGUAUAGGGCGAAGAACUUUGUGCAGCAGAAUGGAGGAAGUGUUGCGAUGCUUAAACUAAUGGACGGGGCAAGUAAGAAAGCUCGAACAAGGCUGCAAGCAGCUUACCUAGACGAAGGCCAGGUGGAAGACAAGGUGAACCGUCUUCCAAGUUCUGAGAUGGCUAACAAGGUAGCCUCAACUGAAAGCUGGGUAGAGGAGUUAGCAAAUCAAGUGACUGACUUGAAAGCAGAAUUGGAAAGGGCACAGGCUGAGAAAGAAAGCAGAAUCUUGGCUCCCCAACAAGAGCAAUGGCUGAAACAAAGAGAAUGUUUCAACGAUCCAUUGACAUUGCUCGCACCCAAGGAGUGGAGUGGAGUGGAGUGGUUGGUAGAGUCGGGUGCAUUUCAGGAUGUUUUGGUGAUUGCAUCGAUGAACACUACAAUGCAAAUAUAUGACGAUGUGCAAGAAAAGGUGUUGAAGCACCGACCUUAUUUCCCCAUCAGUGAGUUGACAUUCAUAGAGGCAGAAAGCAUUGACGAGAAUGGGAAAAGCUUGCUUCCUCCCUUUGAGAUGGCCGUACGGGUGGGGUGGAAUUCGAACAAGGAUGGGGUUCCUAUUUUUCCCCCUGUGAUCUCUAAAGAUGGGGAAGACGGGGAUUCUUUGCCUAGCUGUAAAGCCUGUAUUGCUAGAGCACCUGAUGCUAAAAUUGAAGAAGCAAUUACUUCUAAAGAACCCAAGCCGGUAAUCGCUCCUGUGAUGUCUCAGCCCGCCUCUCCUCGUAUUGAUGCUGUGACGACUAUGCUUGCUAUAGAUCUAAUAGAGGAUUAGGGUGUAGGGUGUUUGAUUUUUUUUAUUUUUUUUGAAUUAGGAUAUUUUGAACUGCAUUAAUGCCUUCUGCUUUUGGAAAUUGAACUUGACAGAAAUGAAAUUAAAGAGAUUUA